AUGGGAUUGAAGUAAAUGACACAAUGGAAGAAGGCAAGAUACCCGUAGGACAUGGCUCCAAGUUUUCCUGCCAGUGGAAUGAGGCAGCUACAAAAGAUGGCGAGAUUCACGAGGAGUCUAAAAGUGAACAAAAUGAUGAGCAGAAGAUGAAAGAGUGGGGAAGUGAGAAAGAUGAAGAGAACACAGAGCAGAAAUUGUACAAGAUAGCCAAUGAACUCCUGCAGACAGAGAGGGCCUAUGUGGCUCGUCUCCACCUGCUAGACCAGGUGUUCUGCUCACGCCUAACAGAAGAGGCAGGCCGGGGCUCAUUUCCUCCCGAGGUGAUAAGAAAUAUCUUCUCCAACAUUUCCUCUAUCUACUCCUUCCACAGCCAAUUCCUGCUACCUGACUUGGAAAACUGCAUCAGCCACUGGUAUGAGAGCCCAGGCCUGGGUAAUGUUCUCCUGCAACAUGCACCCUUCCUGAGGAUGUAUGCCGACUAUGUCAGAAACUUUGACCAGGCCUUGGAACUGGUGAAGACCUGGACCGAACGCUCCUCCGCCUUCAGAAACAUCAUCCAGGACAUACAGAGUCAGGAGGUGUGUGGCAGCCUGACCCUGCAGCACCACAUGUUGGAACCAGUCCAGAGGGUUCCACGUUAUGAAAUGCUGCUCAGGGAUUACCUGAAGAGACUGCCCGAGGAUAACCCAGACUAUGAGCUUGCUCACAAAUCCUUGCAGUCCAUUUCCAUGGCAGCCACACACUCAAACAGCGCCAUCCACAAAGCUGAGAGCCUGAAACGGCUGCUGGAGAUCUAUGAGAUGGUUGGAGAGGAGGAAGUGGUCAACCCGGCCAACGAGUUCAUCAGAGAAGGUCGUCUACUCAAGCUUGCGGCCAGGAACACAUCUGCCAUGGAGAGGCACCUUUUCCUGUUCAACAACUUUCUGCUGUGCUGCACUCCUAAGUUCAGUCUAGUUGGCCAGCGAUUUACAGUCCGCUGCAGGAUCGGGGUGGAUGGCAUGCAGGUGCAGCAGACCACCAAUGAAGACCACCCAUACACCUUCCAAGUCUCUGGAAAGGAGAGAACCCUUGAGCUGCAGACCAGCUCUGAACAAGACAGAGAUGAGUGGAUAAAGGUAAUUCAGGCAGCCGUUGACGUGUUUCAGAAGAAAAAUUACACCUUCAAAUUGGCUUCUAAGGAGUUGAAUAUAGAAGACCCAACGGAGGAACUCGGCCGACGUGCCCCUCGCUGGAUCAGGGACAACGAGGUGACCGUGUGUAUGAAAUGCCAGGAACCUUUCAACGCGCUUACCAGGAGAAGACAUCACUGCAGAGCCUGUGGCAGCGUGGUGUGCUGGAAGUGUUCAGACAAUAAAGCGGCUUUAGAGUAUGACGGAAACAAGCUGAACAAAGUGUGCAAAGCCUGCUACUCCAUCCUGACGAGUCGGAGAGGGGAGCGUGUGGAGGGAAAGAAGAACAAAGUACUAGAGCUGGGGGCAUCUCCAGUGUCCAGUGACUGCACAAUGAGUGGCUUCCUGCUGGAUAGUGACAACCCAAAGAUAAUAGAUGUGAUCUGUUAUCCCCAGGACUGAACCUUAUGUCCUCUAUCUGUACACUGCUCCACAGGGGUGCCGUCGAGUGGAAAAAGUGACUCACUUCAUAUCCUGUAUUAGGAAAGAGAGCACACUAUUCUAUUGCAACCUCACUGUGAGACUUCACCCCCAUCCAGGGUGUGAAGCCCCUAUCCUGUAUACCUGUACUGGGCUGCAGUGUGGAGGAUUCCCCUCAGGAGCUGGAGGGUCAGACUUGUUUCUCUUUAAGACAAUCCAAAACCACCCACACUUUGCCCUGCGAUGGCCUGGACCUCAAACAGAGCUGACUGACGUCAUGGGCACACACUGUGGCUAUGACAUCACCACCAAUGGCUCCAGAUGUGGGAUUAAUCGUAAUGUCAAUGAUGGAAGUGUCUCAAGUGGUGAGGAAUGUAUCAUCAGUGGCAACAAGUAAAACCACUCAUGAAUGUUUGAGGUUAGGCGCUAUGGAAAGUUCUCAUAGCAUGCACAUGAACAAACGUCAACAGACAAAACAAGUCCAUUGAUGUUUGAGAGGAAGGGCACCUCAAAAAUACGAGAACUGUAUUUAUCUUACAAGUGGUGAUGCACUUUAUUUCUGAAAUGAUUUGCAGUAAAAUAAAUAAAGUGAAGGUGUUUUAACAUGA